AUGACAGACGGCUAUCAAGAUAUUCAGACCGUUGAUACAACGAGCUUCCCAUUCAUCCUUGAGCAGGAUGUAACUGUGCCACUAGGGAAUGGUGGUGUGGUUCGCUGCAACGUAUACAAGCCCAAAGCAGCUUCAACGGAAAGCAGCUUUCCGGUUCUUGUGACAUAUGGGCCGUAUGGCAAAGACGUUUCCUAUAAACAAUUCAACCCGAAAAGUUUUUCAGAAGUGGAUCCAGCGCACCAAACAGAGCAUUCUGCAUGGGAGACUCCGACGCCUCUCUUUUGGACCAAUCAUGGAUAUGUGGUUGUGCGAGCUGACGAAAUUGGUAUCGGACAAUCCCCCGGAGUCUUGCACGUCAAAUCCGCAAUUGCGAUCGAUGGGUUCUGUGACGUCAUUGAGUGGGCGGCUCAGCAGCCCUGGUCAACUGGAAAGGUAGGCCUCCUGGGUGUUAGCUACUAUGCAGCUACACAAUGGCAGGUUGCUGCCCGUCAACCUAGAGGCUUGGCAGCGAUUGUUCCCUGGGAAGGAUUUUCCGAUGCCUAUAAUGAAUCCAUACGACAUGGUGGGAUUCUAUCAAACAGAUUCUAUGACAUGUGGUACGCUCGUCAGGUUGCGCCGAACCAAUAUGGACUACCUGGGCGUGCUGCACGUAAUUGGGGCCCUGACACUAUUGAAGGAGACCUCUCAGCCAAUGAAUUAGAUGCAAACCGAUACAAGGCUAUUCUACAUCAGCAGCGGUUCCGUGACGACGAACAAAUAGCGUCUGUUAACAUCAACCUUGAAGAUAUCAACGUUCCUAUUCUGAGCGUGGCAAAUCUGGGUGGGAGUCUACUGCAUCUCCGAGGAAAUGUGAAUGGGUACUUAUGGGCGGGAUCUGAAUUCAAAUAUCUCCGAUUUAUCGUGGGACGGCAUGACCUACCCUUCUACUAUCCCGAAGAAGUAGAAGUCCAAAGGAGUUUUCUCGAUGCUUGGCUGAAAAGCCAAGACCGGGAUGGAUGGACUAGAAGGGGGGCUCUCCCUGCAGUUGAUUUGGUUCUUCGCCAAGGAGAUGUUGGGUACAACAAUCCAUCUGCGGAGAAAUCUUUCGUCCGGAGAAAAGAAAGCGAAUGGCCGAUAGCCAGGACAAAGUAUACGCCUUUCUACCUUACAGCAGACCAAGAGCUUAGAUCCGUACGACCGGAUCAGUCGCUAGCACGAAAACUAAAUUACAGAGCUCUUGGAAAAAACACAGUUUCUGACACUUUGACGUUCACUUCGGCACCUUUUGAAACAGAAACUGAGAUCACUGGACACAUCGUUGCCCACCUCAAUGUCUCAGCCAGCAGAGAUCGAUGGGGAAGCUCUCCAUCUGAUAUGGAUUUAUUUGUCAGCCUGCGUCACCUGGCAUCAUCUGGUCAAGAAAUUUCCUAUACUGGAUCUGCAGGGGAGCCUGUUCCAAUAACGAAGGGGUGGCUUCGGGUGUCUCUCCGCAAGACCAACCCCCAUCAUCCACGCCACCGGCCUUGGCUACCUUACCGAGAUUUUUACUCCACAGACGUUCUGCCUGUGGUUCCAAACGAGGUAUACGCCGUCGAUGUGGAAAUCUGGCCCACAAACGUAGUGGUUGAAUGCGGAGGCCGCCUGGUUCUAGAGGUGAGUUCAGGAGACACAGCCGGGUCCGGGUUUUGGGGACAUGAUGACCCUAUUGACAGAUCGGAGGAAAUUUUCAAGGGUCACAACCACAUUCACUUUGGCCCUGCCUAUAUCAACUACGUCAGCUUACCCAUUAUUCCUUCGAAAUAUGAGAAAGCAUUUGAAUAG